AUGGCUCUUCACGCGGAGUAUCCCGAAUUCCCUCCAAAAGUCGACAUCAGGGGCCAGAUUUACGAUGUGCUUCCGAAUACCUCGUCUACCGACUGGGCUGGCGUCGAUGCUAGCAAGGUGGGGUUGAGCGUCGUCUCAGAGCUGUCCGAAGGCCUCCAGAGAAGACACCAACCUUCCGUGGUCAAGCUCUUCACUGGCAAUGCGACCGGGGCGCACUGGAAAGAUACGCUCGCAUUGACGGCUCAUCUGCGGACCUUCAAUGGCAGCAAGACGGUCGCAGCCGCACUCGUGGAGCUCAGCCAACUGCGGAGGAUCACAGCGGUAGAGUUUGGUGCAGCGCAAGUGGUGAAGGCGAAUGAGGAGCUGGCGUGGGUCGACUGUAGCUUCUACUUCAGCACGGAAUCCCCGAGAGCUCGAUGUAGAGGAAAGCUCAUGCUACUCCCCGACGGGGCCGACGGCGAAUGGAGGAUCUGGUCGAUGAGCACAUGGUUGACGAACUUUGAAGAUCACCUGGAGGACGAAACUCUGUUGCGGCAGCCUUCGGUACCGCUACCCACGGAGACCGACUUUAGGACCGAUGUGCUCGUCAUCGGGGGAGGCAACGCUGGUGUCAUUCUGGCGGGAAGACUUAAGGCGCUUAAUGUCGACUAUGCCAUCGUUGACCGAAACAAGCAGGUUGGAGACAACUGGCGCUUGAGAUAUGACUGCAUGCGCUUUCAUACCUUCAAGUCAUUCUGCCAGACCCCAUACAUCCCAUACCCUGAAGAGGCAAGUGAUGCUUUGACGAAAGACGAGCUGGCCGACCAGAUCCACGCCUUUGCUCACGAGUUUGACCUCAAUCAACGGAUACUUCACCAGUCUUCAAUAGUGGCCACCUCGUAUGAUGAAGGCAAGAAGUUAUGGAGCGUGAAAAUCGAUGAUGGUGCACGGGGAUGCGAGCGAGCGGUCACAUGCCGAUCCCUAGUCGUGGCGACAGGCGCUGGAUUCUCAGGAAUCAACGUGCCAGAUCUUCCAGGUCGUGAUAAGUUCAGAGGCUCCAUCGUCCACUCGACGGCGUAUGGAAAUGGACAACAGCUGGUAGACGCUGGCGCGAAGUCUGUGGUUGUAGUUGGCUCUGCGAAUACCGCAUUCGACAUCAUGCCAGACUGUCACAAGGCCGGCCUCCGGACAACCAUGGUCCAGCGAUCGCCGACUUACGUUGUUCCGAUGUCGUACUUCGCCCAUCCCAUGGGCCUCGGGGCGUACGAAUUUCUCCCCAUCGAAGACUGCGACGCUGUUGUCAGUGGAGGGCCUCUGGCAGUUGGAGGUCCUCUGCUCGCCCUUUGCCACGGCAUGCAGGCGAUCGAGGAGCCAAAACGAUACGAUGAAGUAAGAAGGGCUGGUUUACAGGUCGAAGACUCACUCACAGGCGACCUCUUGGUAAAUCUUAUCGAUCGCUGCGGCGGACAUUUUGUCGACAUGGGCAAGGGCAUUGAGCUCAUUACCACCGGCCAAGUGGGCAUCCGCUCGGGGGUCGUUCCAGCAGGCUAUUCCGCUGACGGCGUGAUUCUAAGCGACGGCAGUGAGGUAAAGACUGAUGCUGUUGUUUGGUGCACAGGCUUCGGAAAUUUGGACGUCAGGAAGAGCCUCCCGGACAUCCUCGGACAUGGGGCAGAGCAGAUCGCUAGCAGGAUGGAGUCGACGUGGGGUGUCGACGCCGAAGGAGAGACUCGUGGACUCUGGAAGCGCCAACUUGACGUGGACAAUAUCUACGUGUUCGCCGGUGGCACAGGCCAGCACCGAUGGUUUUCGAAGGUGAUUGCUUUGCAGAUCAAGGGGACGCUAGAGGGAAUCUUCCCAGAUGCGUAUCGGCACACUCCUGGGGCAGAAGAGGGGACUCUUAAGGAGACUAAUGGGGUUCAUUUGCACUCUAAUCUGUGA